AUGUGUUAUUACCAGGACCCGCUGCACAGCAAUCUCAUCGGCAACAAGUGUCCUGUAUGUUCUGGGGACUGCAACAAGUGCGAGGACGCGCGCACUUGUACGGAGUGCAAGAACACCAUGUAUCUGAACCCGGACUUUUGGUGUGAGGCCGAGUGUCCAGUAGGCUACUACAAGGUAGGCAACGCAGACGUGGGCAACACUUGCGCCAAGUGCCCCGUGAACUGCCGGACCUGCACCGAUGAGAACACGUGCACGGAGUGCAUGGACUUCAAGUACUUGGCGCCCAGCAGGGAGUGCGUGGAGGUGUGUCCCAACAACACCUUCCCGCAGGGAGAAGCCGAGACGGGCCGUGCCUGCCCGCACUGCGAGAAGAACUGCCACGUUUGCGAGUCCGCGACGGUGUGCCUGGAGUGUGCCGGCCCCGGACUGGCCCGGCGGAUUUUGGGGGGCCACUGA